CCUUACAUCCCACAUCGGCAAAAAAUUAAUAUCGGUCGAAGAAGGGAGGAGAAGAAGAUUCUGUUGUUUUAGUUGCAUAAUUGGUGUGAGACUUAUUAUCACUUAAUCAUCAUCAUCAAGAACAUAUAUUAUUAAUUUGGCUUUGAUGGAGUGGUCGUCGUCGUCGUUGGUGGUCUACAUCGGGGUUGUCUUCGUUUUCCUUCUGAGUGUGGUUUACAGUCAGCUAUGGAGAAAGCACGUGAGAAGGCACAAAUUAAUUCCCAGACUGCCCCCGGGCUCAAUGGGCUGGCCGUACAUCGGCGAAACCCUCCACCUCUACUCCCGACACCCCAACUCCUUCUUCUCCGACAAGCACAAAAGAUAUGGGGAUGUGUUCAAAACCCACAUUCUGGGAUGCCCCUGCGUGAUGCUGGCAAGCCCUGAGGCGUCGAGGUUCGUGCUGGUCAGCCAUGCCCAUCUGUUCAAGCCCACUUACCCCAGAAGCAAGGAGAGGAUGGUGGGCCCCGCAGCACUCUUCUUCCACCAGGGAGACUACCAUGCCCACCUCAGGAAGCUUGUUCAGACAUCGUUGUCCCCAGACACCAUCAAGAAACUCAUUCCUAGUAUUGAAUCCAUUGCUCUCUCCAUCCUCCACUCCUUCGCCACCGCCACUCCCCAUCACCUCCCCGCCAACACUUUCCGAGGAAUGAAAAUGUAUGCUUUUGAAGUGGGGAUUUUGUCGAUAUUUGGAGAGCUCGAGAAGCAAAUCAAGGAGGAGAUAAAGGAGAAGUACGCAAUAGUGGAUAAGGGAUACAAUUCCUUCCCCACUAAAAUACCUGGAACUGCUUAUCACAAAGCUUUAAUGGCACGAAGGAGGCUUGGCGAGAUUAUCAGAGACAUAAUUGCAGAUAGGAAGCAGAAGAAAUUAAUGGCGGCGGAGAAUCAUGAGAAUGAGAAAGAGAAUGAUCUUCUGGGUCAUCUUCUGAAGCAGAAAGGGAAACCCCUGACCGACGACCAAAUUGCAGACAACAUCGUCGGCGUGCUGUUUGCUGCUCAGGACACCACCGCCAGCUCCCUCACAUGGAUCCUCUACUACCUCCAUCACCAUCCCCACCUUCUACAAGCUGUUAAGGCAGAACAAAGUGCUAUUUACUUGUCAAACGACAAAGGAAAUAGAGGGCUGACGUGGACUCAGACUAGAAACAUGCCUUUCACUUACAGGGUAAUACAAGAGAGCCUAAGAAUGGCAAGUGUCGUGUCUUUUACAUUUAGAGAAGCUGUCGUUGACGUCGAAUAUAAUGGCUAUCUGAUUCAAAAAGGAUGGAAAGUUAUGCCACUGUUCAGAAACAUUCACCACAACCCUGAAUUUUUCAAUGAUCCUCAAAAAUUCGACCCUCACAGAUUUGAUGUGCCUCCAAAGCCCAAUACUUACAUGCCAUUUGGCAAUGGGGCCCACUCUUGCCCUGGUAAUGAGCUUGCCAAACUUGAGAUGCUCAUUUUAAUCCAUCAUCUCGUCAACAAAUAUAGGUGGGAAGUGGUGGGGCCCAUGCACAUGGUACAGUACAAACCAUUUCCGGUUCCUUACGAUGGACUUCCGGCAAGGUUCUGGAAGGAUCCGUACAACCUUAAUUAGUCAGAGGAAUUAGUUAUAUAUAUUAGUAUUAAAAUUUUGAAAUAUACGAUAUAAUAAUAAUAAUAAUAUUGUAUAUUAUAUUAUUAUUAGUGUAACCCCAUGCAAAACCCCUGUGUCUGUUUUUGUUGUACCAUGGGUCGGUGGGUCGGGUCGGUAAUUAAUGAUAAAUUAGGCAGAUUACUGUUGGGGCUGUCUUCAUUUUAUGUUUAUUGUAUAUUAUUAGAUUAAAUAAUUUGGGCUCCAAUGAUUGUUAGAAAAUGUUUUUUGUAGUCACGAAAUUAAGAUGCUCUUGUAAAGAAUAAUUGUGGUCAGUAUAUAUUUGUAAUACACAUUGUAUCUAUAUGAUAAAAUAAGGUCUUCAUGAUC